UCCUAUUCAACAAUUAAGCUAAAGUUAUAAACCAAAAGCAACCAUGAAUCGUGCGAUGGCUCCGGUGAUCUUCAUGGCGGCGGUGCUCGGCGCAGUGCGGCUUGGCCAAGCCAUCGACUGCCACCAGGUGGACUCAUCCAUUGCCUCUUGCCUCCCCUACCUCCAAGGUAGCGGCGGCGUUCAUCCUCCAAUGAACUGCUGUGACUCCUUCAGAAACCUGCUCAGGUAUACUCCCACGCAGCAAGACAGGCAGACCGCCUGCGAAUGUCUCAAGGCCACCGCCGCUAGCCCCGACAUCAAGCCCGACGUUGCCUACUAUCUUCCCCAGAAUUGUGGUCUUAUCAGCAGUUUUACCAUCAGCCGCGACAGCAACUGUCAAAGCGUCAUUUGAAGUUGAGGACUAUACCGGACUGUAUACUCCGAUCCGAUCGAGGGGAAGCUUUGGAUAGCCUCCGCUUGAAAU